AUGUUGCAUUUGUUCGGGACUGUCGCCGGGUUGAUUUUCAUCAUAUUUUGGUUUUCCAAAGGACUAAAACAGGAAAAGAAAAACCAAAAAGCUCAAGCUUCUGAGUCUUCUGGAAGCAAGAUGAAGGAUCUGAGUGGCGAUGAUCUGCAUUUACUGACAAAGAUUCUCUCUGUUGGACUUGUGGAUGCCGAUCCAAACUACCUCCAGCACCUGAAAGGCUACCGAGACUUGACAGGAAGCUGA